GUUCAUUAGAAUAAAACGUUCUGUUAAAUUUAUCACACUAUACAUUCAAAUUAUUGUCGAUUAAUAAUAUACCUAUUUAUAAGCAUUAUCCAUUAAGGGGUAAACAAAUAAUUUUGUGCUUUAUUCUGUGAUGGACACGCUAACAAGACAGUACGUUAUCGGAAUAGCGGGAGCAUCUAAUUCUGGGAAAACAACAAUAACUGGAAAACUUGCUGAAUAUCUACAAUCUAUUGGCUACAAUGUUACAUCUUUACAAAUGGAUGAUUAUUAUUGGCCUCAUAACGAUAAACGUCAUAUACGAGAUCCUAUUACAAAUGAACCGAAUUUCGACUGUGAAUCAGCGGUUGACUGGGAAGGCAUAAUUACUUUUAUGAAAUUAUGGUCUGAAUCACAGGUGUUGGGAGAAAAAAUAAGAAUACUUAUAAUUGAAGGAAUACUGAUAAUGAAUAAAAUGGAACUUCGGAAUAUGAUGGAUUUGAGGAUAUUUUUGAAGAUAACUUAUGAAAAUAUGUUGCAGAGACGAAAACUAAGAAAAUAUGAUACACCGGACCCACCAAAUUAUUUUGCUAAAUGUGUUUGGCCAACAUAUCUAAGAACGCUAGACAUCUUAGAGUAUUCAAAAGACUCUAUAUAUUAUUUCGAUAGCAAUAAUGGAAUUGAGACUCUAUUUAAAGAGAUUUGUCAAUGUGUCAAUGAAAAAAUAUAUCUUGCAAACGAAAGAGACAAACAUUUCGAUGAAUUCCCAAAAUAAAUCUUUACAUAAAUUGAUGAUUAAUAAUU